AUGACGGAAGAAAAGUCAGUCGCCGUUAUUGGAGCGGGCAUAUUUGGUCUUUCACUGGCGAUUGCCCUGCGAGAUAGAAACUAUGAAGUGACUGUCUUUGAUCGAAGCCAGUACGAUGCAAAUGGAUACGACCCCACAGCCGAUGAUGUACAAGCUGCAUCCGCCGACCACAACAAAAUCUUCCGCGCAUCAUAUGGGAAAGAGAUUCACUACCAGCGCCUCGCUUUGGAAAGCCGGGGAGCGUGGGUUUCGGACGACGAGAAGCGUGGAUCUACGGAACAAGACGACGACAGAGAUAACCGACUUUUUGUUAACAGUGGAAUGCUCCGUAUACAGCCUUCCGAAAACUUGAGCAGUCUAGAAAAGGAGACUCUAGCCAACAUGCAGCGUGAUGGUCUGCGAGACACGCAGUUCGUCAAGAGUGACCCCGCAGACUGCGAACGGGCUGAUAAGCUGGGCUGGAAAGACAAGAUACUCAAUUUCCAGAUUCCAGAUUCUAAAAGCACGUAUGAGGCGGUCCUUGACUCCCUGGCUGGAUUUGUGAGGUGCAGUAAUGCAUGUGCUCACUACCAAAAAGUGGCCGCCGACAAGGGCGUGAAAUUCCAUUUCGGACCACAGGAGGGGGCUGUUGAUUACUUAGUCAAAGUAAAAAGCGAAAUCGAGCCAAGUAAAGAUAAAGUUGCAGGACUGAAGACGAAAAAUGGCGUUGUUCAUGAUGCGGAUGCCGUCGUUGUGGCUGCCGGGUCGUUUUCGACACAAAUUUUCCCCGACUUAAGCUAUCACCUUGAAUCCUCAGCUGGUAGUCUUGCAACACUUAAGAUUGAUAAGAGCAAUACCGAGCUAUGGAACAAGUACUCACCAGAACGAUUUCCCGUCAUGACCUGGAAGAGUACACCGCGAGACGCAUCUGGAAAAGACACAGGGAGUAUUUACGUCCUACCAAGAACCCCAGAAGGCCUUGUUAAAAUUGGAUACCGGGGAGUCAAGUGGACCAAUUUUCAGCCAGCGCCACAAGAUACUCCGUUCACUCAGGACGGUCAAUGGUCGGUCCCUCUCCCAGUGGAGGAAUGCUCGCUACUUCCAGAGCCAGCAUUAUAUGCGAUUAAGCAGUUUGUGUCUAUCUUCAUGCCCGAGUUCGAGAGUACGCCCUUUUUCUCUACCAAGCUCUGCUGGUACACCGACUCGCUGGACAAUUCAUUUGUGAUUGAUCAUGUUCCAACUUAUGCAGAGGAAUCUGUCUUUGUUUGCACUGGGGGUAGUGGUCAUGGUGCAAAGUUCUUACCGGUUCUGGGAAAGGUAGGGAAACCCACUCACUCCACGAGACCACGACUGACAGAUUGA